AUGCGAGGCGAUAGCGACGAAGACCAGCGGAGUAAGAGAGCGCGAACUUCACUUGAGGGGAACGCACACGACAUCGCGAACCCGCCGAACGUCACGACUGGCACUGCACAGCAGCACGAGCAACACCAUCAACAGGAGCGCCGAGCGACACAGGCAUGCUUCCGAUGCCGCAAACAAAAGCUUCGCUGUCUCGGUGGCAGGCCAUGCGUGCGAUGCGUUAAGGCGAGCAAAGAAUGCGAUUUCGGCCAAGGGCACGCGGGCAACGUUGCUUAUCGUCCGAAUGUCACCGUCGACGCUGCACAAUACGAACAGCACCAUCAACAGGAACGUCGAGCCACACAGGCAUGCUUCCGAUGCCGCAAACAAAAGCUCCGCUGCCUUGGUGGCAGGCCAUGCGAAAGAUGUGUCAAGGCGAGUAAGGAAUGCGAUUUUGGCAAACCUGGACAUGCGUCCCCCGUCCCGAACUCAAACAACAACACGAACACGAACGGUGAUGUGGUUGAGGAUCGACAUGGGGCGGCAGCUAGAGCUAGCUUGGUGCGCUUGGAAGAUAGUGUCACCAACUUGUUAGCUGGUUUGCAGAACACUGGUACCAAUGGGACCGAUCUCUUCCCUGCCCUGACUGCAGCUCCUGCUACAGUUUCGUCCACGGUCCCCGUUACAGCUCCUGCUCCUGCUCCUGCUCCUCCACCACUCGAACCGUCGAGCUACCAUGCUACGGCUCUUACGAGUACUGCUACAACCGCUCUGCUUUCUACGUCUGAUCCCCUAACGACCCAGGGAUUAGGUCAUGUGAGGUUCGGUGAUUCGCCAGAAGUAAAUUUCAUAUCCCCUCAUUCGUACUCGAGCCGAACCGAGACAACAUCGCCAUCAGGAGAACACGACGUACGGACGGGUAAUGAGCAUAGAGAUAACGAGGGCGAGGAAAGGCUAGCUUCGGCCACCAAAGAUGGGUUUGGGCCGCCUUUCCAGUCGUUGGUAUACCAACCAUCAGUCUGGGAGAAUCGGGAAAGAUCAAAGCAGAACUCGCCGCUCCCUGAACCACGAGUGCAUUCUGCCCGCAUGCCACCGUGGGGUGUACGAGAUGAACCAGUCAGCUCUGGUGUAAUCGACCUUGCUUUAGCCAGAACCUUAUACACAUUUUUUGUGGAACACUGCCAUCCUUUCCUGCCUAUCGUUGAUAUUGCCCUUCCGGAUCCAUUUACCUCAGUCCAGCGCUAUCCGUCACUCUUCUCUGCAAUCCUGGCGAUCUCCGCCCGAUUCUACCUCCGUUCCUCGAGCAAAGCGCACAUUAUGGACUCCCAUGUUCCAAAAGCCCUGGCUGAGAUAGCCGAAUCCCACCUCGCUCACACCUUGCUCCGGAAAAAACACACCCUAGCAGAUGUGCAGGCCAUCUUGCUGCUUGCGGCUUGGGGGUUGCAGAGUGGUGGAAAGGGACCUGACGCGUGGGUCUUGACAGGGCAUGCGGCACGAGUGUCCAGAAGGCUAGGGAUUCAGCGGGCCGUCGGACAAGCUGUGGCAGCUACCCAGAAGGAUCGCUCUCAGCUCGAGGCUCCGGCUGAGGUGGAUACGGCCGUGCUACGACAAUGGAGGACAUGCUUCGAUUCUUUCCUGUCAUUUGGGUUCGGUCGACCACAAUCAACUCAGUUCGAAUCCAUCGACGACCAAGCUUUCCUCAAAGCUCGCCUGUCUCAUCCGCUCCCUCGGCCAGGGACUCAAGCUAGCCUGUCGCUGUAUGGUGAUGCGUAUAUUGCAGCGAAGGCCCAAUUGGCUGUUGUUGCUCGAUCCUUUGUCUUAUGGGUAGAAGAGCAAGCGCGAAGCGGUCCUCCGGACAGUCAGUCGUUGUUGUCGAUGUUGUCGGAUCUAAACGGAAGGUUGGACGACUGGUGCAAGCUUUGGGUCUGGUCCGGAUCAUCCCAUGCGCUCUACCUCGGCGCCUCAGCACGUAUAGCUCGACUGCAGGCCGAGCACCUUCGUCUGAGCAUCAAUGCCAUGGCUCUCCGCUCGUCCACUCACAGCGAAGGUCACGAAGGCAGCAUCACAUAUCUUCGCAAAGCUCUCAACGCAGCGACGAGCACGAUACAAACACAUUUCGAAUCUAGCCAGACCGACCUUGCUCUGAGCUUUGCGACGGACUAUAUGGCCAUGGCCUUUGCCCAAGCUGCGGUCUUCCUGAUCCGAUUGACGAAGGCAUCUCCCUUCGUCCAACAGGUAGUGUCGCUCGACCCCGCGGUCGUUAGCCAUUACCUCACUAUGUCGGUCGAUCUGCUCGAGCUGGGCGACAUGUCGGAAACGCGAUUGUCGACCUACUUUGCGCGAACGAUCCGAGGCAUUGCGCGUGCUGCGGGACUCGCUAUUCGUCCUGAUGAUGCUACGGCUACCACUGGUGUUGUUCCCCACGAACGAGGAGGUCAAUCUCAUACACAUGAGCAUUCGAUAUCAAUGGGAAGCGUUGACGGUGUAGGAGAUGCCGGACAGUACGACGCCGACACGUUUUGGGCGGGUCCUGAUCUCUUCGACCUGAGCUGCAUUGGCUGGAACCAGCUCUGGGGUCCUUCACCCGACCUGGAACUCCUUCGUGGGAUCUUAUCUUCGGUGCGCAAGAAGGAUCUGUUUGAAGUCAGCAAUCAUGAGGUGGAAGAAGAUAAAGAAGAAGACGAAGCGGAGGAAGAAGACUACGUAAGAGAAAAGAACAAAGCUAUUAAAUAA